AUGGCCGAGAACUUGCUGGACGGACCGCCCAACCCGAAACGAGCCAAACUCAGCUCGCCCGGCUUCUCGGCGAAUGACAGCACAGAUUUUGGAUCCUUGUUUGACUUGGAAAAUGAUCUUCCUGAUGAACUGAUCCCCAAUGGAGGAGAAUUAGGCCUUUUAAACAGUGGGAACAUUGUUCCAGAUGCUGCUUCCAAACACAAACAACUGUCGAAGCUUCUGCGAGGAGGCAGCAGCUCCAGCAUCAACCCAGGAUUAGGAAAUGUGAGUGCCAGCAGCCCUGUGCAGCAAGGCCUCGGGAGCCAGGCCCAGGGGCAGCCCAACAAUGCGGGCAUAGCCAGUCUGGGUGCCAUGGGCAAGAGCCCUCUGAAUCCGGGAGACUCUUCCACUACGAGCCUGCCCAAGCAGGUGGCCAGCACCUCUGGACCCACCCCGCCUGCUUCACAAGCACUGAACCCACAAGCACAAAAACAAGUGGGGCUGGUGACCAGCAGCCCUGCCACGUCACAGACGGGACCUGGCCUCUGCAUGAAUGCGAACUUCAACCAGCCCCACCAAGGCCUCCUCAACAGUAACUCAGGCCACAGCCUCAUGAACCAGGCCCAGCAAGGGCAGGCACAGGUCAUGAAUGGAUCCCUGGGGGCUGCAGGCAGAGGAAGGGGUGCUGGCAUGCCAUAUCCCACCCCAGCCAUGCAGGGAGCCUCAGGCAGUGUGCUCGCUGAGACCCUCACACAGGUAUCACCCCAAAUGGCCAGCCACGCAGGACUCACUACAGCUCAGACUGGAGGCAUGACCAAGAUGGGAAUGGCUGGUAAUACAAGUCCCUUUGGACAACCCUUUAGUCAAACAGGAGGGCAACAGAUGGGUACCACUGGUGUAAACCCCCAGCUGUCCACCAAGCAGAGCAUGGUCAACAGUCUGCCUCCCUUCCCCACAGACAUCAAGAAUGCUUCCGUCACCAAUGUGCCAAACAUGUCUCAGAUGCAGGCAUCAGUGGGAAUUAUACCAACACAAGCAAUUGCAACUGGCCCCACUGCUGACCCAGAGAAACGCAAACUGAUCCAGCAACAACUGGUCCUCCUGCUCCACGCCCACAAGUGUCAGCGGCGAGAGCGAGCCAACGGUGAGGUCCGGGCCUGCUCGCUUCCGCACUGCCGGACCAUGAAAAAUGUUCUCAACCACAUGACACAUUGCCAGGCUGGGAAAGCCUGUCAAGUUGCCCAUUGUGCAUCUUCACGACAAAUCAUCUCUCAUUGGAAGAACUGCACACGACAUGACUGUCCUGUUUGCCUCCCUUUGAAAAAUGCCAGUGACAAGCGAAACCAACAAACUAUCCUGGGAUCUCCAGCUAGUGGAAUUCAGAAUACAAUUGGUUCUGUGGGUACAGGCCAGCAGAAUGCCACUUCUUUAAGUAACCCCAAUCCCAUAGACCCCAGUUCCAUGCAACGAGCAUAUGCUGCGCUUGGCUUGCCCUACAUUAACCAGACCCAGACACAGCUGCAGCCUCAGGUUCCUGGCCAGCAACCAGCACAGCCUCAAACUCACCAGCAGAUGAGGACCAUCAACCCCCUGGGAACGAACCCAAUGAACAUUCCAGCAGGAGGAAUAACAACAGACCAGCAGCCACCAAACCUGAUUUCAGAGCCCGCUCUUCCAUCAUCCCUCGGGGCCACCAACCCACUGAUGAAUGACGGGUCCAACUCUGGAAGCAUUGGCACCCUCAGCACCAUACCUUCAGCAGCACCGCCUUCCAGCACUGGUGUCCGGAAAGGCUUCCAUGAACAUGUCACUCAGGACCUGCGUAGCCAUCUAGUGCAUAAACUUGUCCAAGCCAUCUUUCCGACCCCUGACCCAGCAGCGCUAAAGGAUCGUCGGAUGGAGAACCUGGUAGCCUAUGCAAAGAAGGUGGAAGGGGACAUGUAUGAGUCUGCUAACAGCCGGGAUGAAUAUUACCAUUUAUUGGCAGAGAAAAUCUACAAGAUACAAAAAGAACUAGAAGAGAAGCGGAGGUCACGUUUACAUAAGCAAGGCAUCUUGGGUAACCAGCCAACCCUACCAGCUCCUGGGGCUCAACCCCCUGGGAUUCCACCAGGACAGUCCGUACGACCGCCAAGUAAGGGCCUUAUGCCCCUUUCCACCCAUUACUGGUUUGUUUGUUUUCUUCUCUGUGUUUUGGGGUUGAAUCCAUUUAACCCAAUGUCCUUGGGGAACGUACAGUUGCCACAAGCAGCCAUGGGACCGAGGGCAGCCUCCCCCAUGAACCACUCCGUCCAGGUGAUCAUCCUGGGCUCAGUUCCAGGGAUGGCCAUCUCACCUUCUCGAAUGCCCCAGCCUCCAAGCAUGAUGGGUCCACACACCAACAACAUGAUGGCCCAGGCCCCCUCGCAGAGCCAGUUCCUGCCACAGAACCAGUUUCCGCCAUCUAGUGGAGCAAUGAGCGUAAACAGCGUGGGCCUGGGGCAGCCAGCCACCCAGACCGGGGUGUCACAGGGACAGGUGCCUGGGGCUACUCUUCCUAACCCUUUGAACAUACUGGGGCCACAAGCCAGCCAGCUACCGUGCCCACCGGUGACACAGUCGCCUCUACACCAGACACCCCCUCCCGCCUCCACAGCCGCUGGCAUGCCUUCUCUGCAGCACCCAACACCACCUGGGAUGACUCCUCCCCAGCCAGCAGCCCCAACGCAGCCAUCUACUCCUGUGUCGUCUUCUGGCCAAACUCCCACUCCUACUCCCGGCUCAGUGCCCAGUGCCACCCAGACUCAGAGCACCCCAACAGUGCAGGCUACAGCGCCAGCCCAGGUGACACCACAGCCUCCGACCCCCGUGCAGCCCCCAUCGGACCCCACCCCACAGUCAUCUCAGCAGCAGCCGACAUCUGUGCACGCCCAACCUCCAGGCACACCGCUUUCCCAGGCAACUGCCAGCAUCGAUAACAGGGUUCCCACUCCACCUUCGGUGGCCAGUGCAGAAACCACUUCCCAGCAGCAAGGAGUUGACGUGCCUGUGCUGGAAAUGAAGACUGAGGCCAAGGCGGAGGAACCUGAGCCUGAAUCUCGAGACUCCAAGGGGGAACCUAGGGCUGAGAUGAUGGAGGAGGAUUUGCAAGGAGCUUCUCAGGUAAAAGAGGACGCAGACACAACUGAGCAGAAGUCAGAGCCGAUGGAAGUGGAUGACAAGAAAUCUGAAAUCAAGGUAGAGGUGAAGGAGGAAGAGGAGAGCAGCACCACUGGCCCAGCCACUCAGUCGACCUCACCCUCUCAGCCCCGGAAAAAAAUCUUCAAGCCAGAGGAGCUACGCCAGGCUCUCAUGCCAACUCUGGAAGCGCUAUAUCGACAGGACCCAGAGUCUUUGCCUUUUCGGCAGCCAGUGGAUCCCCAGCUCCUAGGAAUUCCUGAUUAUUUUGACAUUGUGAAGAAUCCCAUGGACCUUUCCACCAUCAAGCGGAAGCUGGACACAGGCCAGUACCAGGAGCCCUGGCAGUAUGUGGACGAUGUCUGGCUCAUGUUUAACAAUGCUUGGCUCUACAAUCGGAAGACGUCCCGAGUCUACAAGUUUUGCAGCAAACUUGCCGAGGUCUUUGAACAGGAAAUUGAUCCUGUUAUGCAGUCACUUGGAUAUUGCUGUGGACGCAAGUAUGAGUUUUCCCCACAGACUUGGUACUGCGAUGGGAAGCAGUUGUGUACGAUUCCUCGGGACGCUGCCUACUACAGCUACCAGAACAGGUAUCAUUUCUGUGAGAAGUGUUUCACAGAGAUCCAGGGGGAGAAUGUUACCCUGGGUGACGACCCUUCACAGCCCCAGACAACCAUUUCAAAGGAUCAGUUUGAGAAGAAGAAAAACGAUACCUUAGACCCUGAACCAUUUGUGGAUUGCAAGGAGUGUGGCCGGAAGAUGCAUCAGAUCUGUGUGCUGCACUAUGACAUCAUCUGGCCCUCAGGUUUUGUAUGUGACAACUGCUUGAAGAAAAGCGGUAGAACUCGAAAAGAAAACAAAUUCAGCGCAAAGCGACUGCAGGCAACACGAUUGGGAAACCACUUAGAAGACCGUGUGAACAAGUUUCUGCGGCGACAGAACCACCCUGAAGCCGGGGAGGUUUUUGUCCGAGUGGUGGCAAGCUCAGACAAGACGGUGGAAGUGAAGCCGGGCAUGAAGUCACGGUUUGUGGAUUCUGGGGAGAUGUCCGAGUCCUUCCCAUACCGAACCAAAGCACUCUUUGCUUUUGAGGAAAUUGAUGGCGUGGAUGUCUGCUUUUUUGGAAUGCACGUCCAGGAGUAUGGCUCUGACUGCCCCCCUCCCAAUACAAGACGUGUGUAUAUAUCUUACCUGGAUAGCAUCCACUUCUUCCGGCCCCGCUGCCUACGCACAGCUGUCUACCAUGAGAUUCUCAUCGGUUAUCUAGAAUAUGUGAAAAAACUGGGGUAUGUGACAGGCCACAUCUGGGCCUGUCCCCCAAGCGAAGGAGACGACUACAUCUUCCAUUGCCACCCACCUGAUCAAAAAAUCCCAAAGCCAAAACGCCUACAGGAGUGGUACAAAAAGAUGCUGGACAAGGCGUUCGCAGAGCGGAUCAUUCAUGACUACAAGGACAUUUUCAAACAAGCCACAGAGGACAGGCUCACAAGUGCCAAGGAGCUGCCCUACUUUGAAGGUGACUUCUGGCCCAAUGUCUUGGAAGAGAGCAUCAAGGAGCUCGAACAAGAAGAAGAGGAGAGGAAGAAAGAGGAGAGCACGGCCGCCAGCGAGACCCCUGAAGGCAGCCAAGGAGACAGUAAGAACGCCAAGAAAAAGAACAACAAGAAGACCAACAAGAACAAAAGCAGCAUUAGCCGAGCCAAUAAGAAGAAGCCCAGCAUGCCCAAUGUGUCCAACGACCUGUCGCAGAAGCUCUAUGCCACCAUGGAGAAGCACAAAGAGGUCUUCUUUGUGAUCCACCUGCACGCUGGGCCUGUCAUCAACACCCUGCCCCCCAUUGUGGACCCCGACCCCCUGCUCAGCUGCGACCUCAUGGACGGACGUGACGCCUUCCUCACACUGGCCAGGGACAAGCACUGGGAGUUCUCCUCACUGCGCCGCUCCAAGUGGUCAACACUGUGCAUGCUGGUGGAGCUGCACACCCAGGGCCAGGACCGCUUCGUCUACACCUGCAACGAGUGCAAGCGCCAUGUGGAAACACGUUGGCACUGCACUGUGUGCGAGGACUAUGACUUAUGCAUCAAUUGCUACAACACCAAGAGCCACAGCCACAAGUUGGUCAAGUGAGGAUUGGGUCUGGAUGAUGAGGGCAGCAGCCAGGGCGAGCCACAGUCCAAGAGCCCCCAGGAGUCACGACGUCUGAGCAUCCAGCGCUGCAUCCAGUCCCUAGUGCACGCCUGCCAGUGCCGCAAUGCCAACUGCUCCCUGCCGUCCUGCCAGAAGAUGAAGCGGGUGGUGCAGCAUACCAAAGGCUGCAAGCGCAAGACCAAUGGUGGCUGUCCCGUCUGCAAGCAGCUCAUUGCCCUCUGCUGCUACCAUGCCAAACACUGCCAAGAGAACAAAUGCCCCGUGCCCUUCUGCCUCAACAUCAAACACAAGCUCCGCCAGCAGCAGAUCCAGCACCGCCUGCAGCAAGCCCAGCUCAUGCGCCGGCGGAUGGCCACCAUGAACACCCGUAAUGUGCCUCAGCAGAGCCUGCCUUCUCCUACCUCAGCUCCACCUGGCACCCCUACACAGCAGCCCAGCACACCGCAGACUCCACAGCCCCCCCCACAGCCCCAGCCCUCGCCUGUGAGCAUGUCUCCAGCUGGCUUCCCCAGUGUGGCCCGGACUCAGCCUCCAACUACAGUGUCUGCGGGGAAGCCCACCUCCCAGGUGCCUGCCCCCCCACCUCCUGCCCAACCUCCACCAGCAGCAGUGGAGGCAGCAAGGCAGAUUGAGCGCGAGGCCCAGCAGCAGCAGCACCUGUACCGUGUCAACAUCAACAACAGCAUGCCCCCAGGGCGCACGGGUAUGGUCACCCCUGUGAGCCAGAUGACGCCUGUGGGUCUGAAUGUACCCCGCCCCAGCCAGGUCAGCGGGCCCGUCAUGGCCAACAUGCCACCAGGCCAGUGGCAGCAGGGGCCUGUGCCCCCACAACAGCAGCUGCCUGCCAUGCCAAGGCCAGUGAUGUCCAUGCCAGCCCAGCAGGCUGUGGCUGGGCCACGGAUGCCCAGCGUGCAGCCACCCAGAAGCAUCUCUCCCAGCGCGCUACAAGACCUGCUGCGGACUCUCAAGUCCCCCAGCUCCCCUCAGCAGCAGCAGCAGGUGCUCAACAUCCUCAAGUCCAACCCGCAGCUCAUGGCCGCCUUCAUCAAGCAGCGCACGGCCAAGUAUGCGGCCAACCAGCCCAGCCUGCAACCACAGGGCGGCCUGCACUCCCAGCCCAACCUGCAGAACCUGAACGCCAUGCAAGCCAGUGUGCCACGGCCUGGCGUGCCCCCACCACAGCAGGCCACGGGAGGCCUGAACCCCCAGGGCCAGUCACUGAACAUCAUGAACCCAGGCCAUAACCCCAACAUAGCGAGCAUGAAUCCACAGUACAGAGAGAUGUUGCGGAGGCAGCUGCUACAGCAGCAGCAACAGCAGCAGCAGCAGCAACAGCAACAGCAGGGGAGUGCGGGCAUGACUGGAGGCAUGGCCGGACACAGCCAAUUCCAGCAGCCACAGGGACCUGGAGGUUAUCCCCCAGCCAUGCAGCCACAGCGGAUGCCUCAGCAUCUCCCCAUCCAGGGCAGCUCUAUGGGCCAGAUGGCAGCCCAGCUGGGGCAGCUGGGCGCCGCCUUUAACUGGCUGCCCCGAUGGACCAUGAUCCGCCCUGUGUUAGGGAUGGAGAAACUGAGGCCCAGGGUCCUCAGGCCAUCCGUCCCAGGUCCGAGUGCAGGGCCCGUUGUCCUUCACAAGGUCACGGAGGUCCCACCCUAA